AUGAACUAUCUCGUUGUUGACUUGAGUUAUGGCUCCAACAAACUUCGCAAAUCAGCUCACAUUAGUUUUGUACCCCUAGUAUUACUCGGUUGUAUUGUGUCAGUUAUCAAUUGGUUUGUUGUUUAUUAUGAAAAAUAUUGUCAAUGGGUCAGUUAUCAAUGGGCUGCUGAGGAGCCACUUGGUCAUGCAGCUGCCAUUAUCACUGAUGUUCUUGAGAAUGCCGAGACCAACCAUGUAAUAAGUGCUGUGCAGAAGCAAGCUCUUGUUCAAGAAAUGGCACUGAGGCUGACUUAG